GAAAGAAAAACACACACAUUAAUGGCGAUCAAGCUUGCAUUAAUCUUGACAUUCAUGUCCGUCUCUUCCCUCUCUCAAGCCCUAUCAAAUGAAACUGUCACCAACAUCAACUACUGGUGCAACACCACUCCUCAUCCAGAAUCUUGCAGGAUCUUCAUGGGAGGCCAGCACAGUUUUGUACCAAAAUCUAAACCAGACUUUAGAACGAUGGCAGUGGAAGCAGCCAUGGAACGAGCCCUUUACGCGCAGACUCAUGCAAAGGAACUGGGUCAACAUUGUCAUAGCAAGCAUGCCAAGGCUGCAUGGUUGGACUGCUCAAAACUCUUCGACGACACAGUUCUCCAACUCAACCGGACCUUACAAGGCCUACAAAACAAUGUCAGCGAUUUCGAUGCUCAAACAUGGCUCAGCGCUGCCCUAACAAAUCUUGAAACUUGUCGAGCAGGGUCUCUUGAGCUGAAUGUCUCGGAUUUCAUAUCUUCAAUCUUAUCGAAUAAUGUUUCUGAGCUAAUCAGCAAUAGCUUGGCGAUCAAUGGGGCUUUUCUUGCCCAACAAGAUGCCCAAAGCGGGUACCCGAGUUGGAUUUUGGAUGGUGAAAGACAGCUGUUGAAAUCUUCGUCGUUGGCUUCUCAGGCUAAUUUUAUUGUUGCUAAAGAUGGGUCAGGAAAUUUUCGAUCUAUCCAAGCUGCGAUUAACUCUGCAGUAUCGAAGAGAACUGGGAAUGGAAGGAUAAUCAUAUAUGUGAAAAAAGGUAUUUAUAGGGAGAAUAUUGAGAUAAGCAGCAACAUGAAUGAGAUCACUUUAGUUGGAGAUGGGUUGAGAUAUACAGUAAUCACAGGCAGCCGGAGUGCUACGACAGGGUUCACAACUUACAGCUCUGCUACUGUUGGCAUUGAUGGUGUUGGAUUCAUUGCUCGGGGAAUUACAUUUCGUAACACAGCAGGGCCACAAAAUGGUCAAGCAGUCGCUCUUCGAUCAGCAUCAGAUCUCUCAGUUUUCUAUGCUUGUGGAUUUGAAGGGUACCAAGACACUCUCUUUGUCCUUGCUCAGCGACAAUUCUUUAAAUCAUGCUAUAUAUAUGGCACGAUUGAUUUUAUCUUUGGGAAUGCAGCAGUAGUUUUCCAAAAUUGCAUCAUCUACGUAAGAAAGCCCUUAGUAGGUCAAGACAACGUGAUAACAGCUCAGGGUAGGGGUGAUCCAUUCCAAAACACCGGCAUUUCAAUUCAAGACUCACGAGUCAUGGCUGCACCUGACCUUAGACCGGUGGUUAGCUCAUUCAACACAUACUUGGGACGACCAUGGCAACAAUACUCUCGGACAGUUUUCCUCAAAACCUACCUUGGAAGUUUGGUGAAUACAACAGGUUGGUUGGCAUGGGAUAAUUCUAACUUCGCGCAGAAUACUGUGUACUAUGGAGAGUACAUGAAUUUUGGGCCAGCUUCUUCCACCAGAAAUAGAGUAAAUUGGCCGGGUUAUCAUGUCAUAACAAGUACAAAUAUUGCAUCGCAAUUCACUGUUACAAACUUAAUUGAUGGUAGGGGAUGGUUGCCAGCCACUGGGGUGCCAUUUAUUGCUGGUCUAUGA